UGGGGGGCCAGGUCCCCUCCUGCAGCCCCCCCGAUCCCCGCCUCCCCUGCACACCCCUGUAUUAAGGGAUCCCCAGCACUCAGGAGCUGGCUGGAUGCUCUCGGGCACGGUUUCAGAUCCCCGGAGCUGGCAGCGGGGCCAGCGCGUAGGAGAGGGCGUUAAUUAGCGCCUGGCAGACGCGGCGGGUGCUGCCAAGUGGCGCUGCUCGCCGGGGAAGCCGGAGCUCAGCAGCAGCUGCUUCAAAGUCCCCGAGCACCUCUCGAGGAAUCGGCGCUGGGCCGGGAUGCAGGGAGCGAGGAGGCGCGGGUGCUGACACGGCGAUAGGUGGGAGAUCGGCGAGGCCUCCGCGCCUGCAGGUUUCGGUGGCGAGGCUGGAAAGGGGCUCGCUCUUGCUGGGAUCAGCCCGGGCCCUGGGCAGGACGCGCUGCUCAGCACACGUGGCCCAGCGCUUGCUGCUGCUGGGGCGUUGAGGGACAGCGCAGGCAGCACGGUCCCUUCCCUGUGCCGGCGGUUUGGUGCGUGCUGUCCGGGCAGCCUCCGUCUCCUCCGUCUGCCGGGCUCCUGAGCUCCUCUCCCCUCUGCCGGGAGGCAGCACAGCGUGCCGAGGAUGUGACCGAUGGGGCAGAAAGGUUUGCAAAAGCUCAGGUGGGCUCGGUCAGAUUAGGGGUUGUGAUUCCUGCAGAAGUCAGUAGCUUUUCUUAGCCUAUCUGAAAAUGCUUUUGGCGUUUGUUCUAGGUGAAAUCGGGAUUUUCUUUGACAAAUCAGUUGAAUGUCCAGUUGUGAUAGGAAGCUUACAGGUUUGCAGGCACAGCCUGGGAGCCGUGUGAGCAGCAGGCAGGAGCACGCAGCCCCGCAGGCGCGUUGCAGUCGCGGUGGGUGAGCGCUCACAAAUACCCAUGUAUGGCAGCAGGCUCAGCACCCUGCUGGCCUGGCGCUGGCCCCGUCCCUGCACAGCAAACCUGCAGACCUGCCUUGUGACAGCAGCAGAAGCAGUGCCGAGCAUCCUGCUCCGGGUACUGGUGGAGUUGAGUACACCCACCUUGUGUGAGGGUCGCUUUCUACCUCGGACCCCCCGACCCUUCCCAUCCAGGCAAAGCCCCCAGAGAUGUCUGACCCUAUACAGCUGCUGCCGCGGGGUCGGUUCACUGGUUUCUGUGCUGAUGCUCAGUGUUUUGCUGCAUCCCAAUGCUCGCAGUCCUCAGGACCCCCUUUUCCUCUUGCUCACCAGUUCAACACCACUGUGUGGUGAAUGAUACUCAUUUAUCCUCACUUACACCGUUGGCAGCCCAAGUCUCCUCGUGUCACUGCUGAUGACAUGGGGGUACGGGGGACAUUUCCAGCUGCAUCUUGUAGGGCCGUUUCCACUUGUGCCCGGGUGACGUGAAAGCUGCUCCAUGCACGAUGCCGUUUGUUAGGGACAGAGGCCCCACGGGCCCCAGUGCAGUUCCCUGAUGCUCUGUCCUGGUGAUUUCCCUCCUGGAGCUGCGUGCAUCGCCGUGAGCUGACUCCUUUCUGCACUGCCCGUGCUCUGUCCAGGUGCCUCCCGCUUCAGAUAAACGCUCGUGUCACAGCCAUGCCAGCUGCUCUCUAACUGGAAAGCAGUAAUCGCACCCCAGGGCUUGGGGCUCCAGCUGUGCUUUCCUCCCUUUGUCCUGUCCCUUUGGCAGGCCAUGCAAUAACCCUGCACGAACUGCUGUGAGUAUCAUCCAGAGCGAAUUUUGUGCAGCACUGGUGCUUUCCUGCCAUCCCCUCUUAUUAAUGCUCCUUGCGAAAAAAAUAACCUUUUACAUAGGCCAGCUUGGGUCUCCUGGUCCUUAGUGAUCUCCUCCAAGCACAAAGUGAGUACUCCGUGACGAAUCACUGCAGGGUAUUUUCAGUAGAACAGCUGGGCACGUACCUGGGGAAGGUUUUCCAGCUGUUGCAGGAGCACGAACGAUUGCGCUGACGUCCCGGUGGCUGCAGGUAAGUUUCACUGGAGGGUGCAAGGCGAGAACCUGCGCUGCUGUGGGCGCCCCGUAGCCGUGACGCUGCCUGCACGCUGCGGCGGGUGCUGUGUUCGCUCCAACAGUUAAAACCCAGGCGGGUAAAACUGUGGGUGCCAGCUCUGGGGCACGUGGCGUGAGCACAGCGGUCUCUCCAGGCCCUGGAAGCAGGGGGUGUCAGUCUGCUGUUCCUCCAGCUGCUGGCGUCACCUGAAUCCUGCUCUCCCUUAAAGCCCAGGUUUAGCAGCAUCCCAAAGCACGGGGACGUGCUGGUUCUGAAGUGGUUUGUGCCUGGUUCUUUAGUGUAGCCUAGGCUGCCUCCUGCCUUGGUGUGCCACAGGCUCGUCUGGAAGGUGGGUGAGGCUGUAACUUGCACUGAGCGGGUGAACCGUGCUGCUCUAGGGCCGGACACCAGGCACUGGAAUUACAGUUAAUCUCCAAAACACGUCAGACUCGUGGUUCCUUGCUUCCAAGCCAUACAGCUGUUGAUAGCGCGGCGGUCUCUUAGUUUUUAGGGCCCCUUGCCUCGCUCAGAGCAGACGACGUUCCGGCUGCAGCGCUGAGCCACGGCUGGCGCAGAGGAUGCUGUCUGUAGGGCUCCGGCUGGGGUUCCCCCGGUGCUGGGGGACGCGGAGCUGCAGGAGGGAGGGAAAUAAUCGUGGGUUUGGCUGCCCUGGGUCUCACUCGUGCCCGUGCCCAGCGAGGUCUUUGGCUGCAGGACGGUCCCCUUGUGUUCCUCAUUCGGAGUGGGCCCGAUGGUGAUUUGGAGAAGUGCGACUGCGGUCACUGAGUGUUACAAGUGUGGCGAUCAGCCUCGUGGCUCAGAGCACGCUGAGGAAUGUGGAAAUGAUUGCAAAGCCUCCAGGAUCCCUUCAAGCAGCCGUUAAGGGGGGAGCUGGGGUGACGGGUCUGCCCGGAUGGCCGGCGUGAGGAUUUUGCUUGUACAUCCGAGGCAGCUGGUGCAGGCUCCGUGAGCUGGGUGCUUCGCAGGGUUUGGGAAGCAUCCCUAUAUUUCUAUUUUUCCUGCCAACCGAACCCUAGCAUAAGCUGCUUUUCUGUCUCUCUUGCAGCCUGCCUGGCUGUCGGCAUGUGCCCUGCGUGUUGUGGACCGAGAGGGAAUUCCCUGUGACUUAGAGCUUCUGUCGAGCUCUCUCUGCGCCCUGCUGUGACCGUCACAAGCCCGUGUGUCCCCAGGGCAGGCCGGUUCUCUACAGAUCCGUCCUGUCUGGGGACCGUUUGUGGAGCUUUUCCGGGGCUGCCUCUGUGCUGCUGGGUGCUUUCCGGUGGGGUUCCCCUGCCCCCAUCGCAGUCGAGUUGCUUACACAAAGCGUCACCUCUAAUCUUCCCGUGGCGGAUGCGGAAAAUAAGCAGCACGAGGGCCUGAUCUGCUCCGGGGGCAGACAUCAGGGCUGGACCUGGGAGCAGCCUCUGUGCCCCGCAGCUCAGAGAAGGGCGUCCCCGCUGCAGAGGUCUCGCUUUGGGUAGACAAAGCUUCUUCCUUUGCCGCUGCUGGAAGGGGAAAAAAAAACAAAAAAAGGGGCUCCGAAGGCCCCAGCGGUGGGACCUGGUGGCCGUCCUGCUUGGGAAGGGGCAGGAGAGCCACAACCACGUGCCACAGCCAGCGGCGUGCUGUUCCCGAGGGGUCUGGCGUGGGGCAGGAGGGGCUGGUGGCAGCUCCGCUGCCCCGGGCUGGGGGGGGCUGCCCGGGCUGCUUCUGCCCCCCGGGGAAGCUCCCGAACCUGGUCGCGCCCUCCUGCCAGGACAGGAGGAAAUCACGAAAUAAGGCGCUUUCCAGAGAAACGGUUCGUGCCCUUUUAAGGCAAUGCAAAGGCCGGGACUGGGAUGAUCUGUCCGAAAGGGAGGGAUUUGGCACCGCCGCGCGCUGGUAGGAAACCCAGCUCACAACAGGCUUCCUGCCUCCGGGUCUCACCCAAACAGCUCCUGACCCGGCACCCUGCCUCUGGUGCUGCCCGUGGGGGGGUGGCACCCGGCUCGGGGGGCGUGCAGUGCAAAUGCUGUUUGUUUUGGGGACCUCGCCCCCCCCUUUUCAGGAGCUGGGGAAGGGGAAGGUGGCUCCUGCUGCCCGUUCCCACGUGGAGGAUUACAGAGGUGUUGAUGGGGAGAGGACCCUGGAGACCUCCCAAGAGACCUCCCAAGCUGCAGCUUGUGCCCAUGGACCCUUCCUGUACCACGGGGCACCACCAAAAAUCGUUUGGUUCUAUUGUCUUUGUAAUUACCUGAGGUUGCCAUUAGGUCCUCCCCAGCCUCCUCUCGGCCAAACUCAACCAGCCGGCCUCCCUCGGCACCUCCUAGCAGGACUUUGUUGAUUUUGAGUGUCCUGAGGUUUCUGUUGGCCUGGUCUUCAAAAACGUCAAGGCUGAGUUGGAGACCAGCCACCUGUGUUAACCUCUCCUCAUAUUUUGGGGUUAUCUGCAGAUUUUAUUUGCAAAUCUGCAGAUAAAGGGGCCUUUUGAUCACGCAUCACCAGAGACGUUUCAGGAAAGAGGAGGGAGAAGCAGAAGCGUUUAUAUCCUGCCCAGGAGCUGCAUGGCCGUGCUCAGAAUGCCGAACUGGGGUGGAGGGAAGAAGUGUGGCGUGUGCCAGAAGGCGGUGUACUUCGCCGAGGAGGUGCAGUGCGAAGGCAGCAGCUUCCACAAGUCCUGCUUCCUGUGCAUGGUCUGCAAGAAGAACUUGGACAGCACCACUGUUGCCGUGCAUGGAGAGGAGAUCUACUGCAAGUCCUGCUAUGGCAAGAAGUACGGCCCCAAGGGCUAUGGAUACGGGAUGGGAGCAGGGACCCUGAGCACUGACAAGGGCGAGUCUCUGGGAAUCAAAUACGAAGAGGGCCAGUCCCACCGACCCACCAACCCCAACGCCUCCAGAAUGGCCCAGAAAGUCGGCGGGUCUGACGGGUGCCCUCGCUGCGGCCAGGCGGUGUACGCGGCCGAGAAGGUGAUCGGAGCUGGAAAGUCCUGGCACAAGUCCUGCUUCCGUUGCGCCAAGUGUGGCAAGAGCCUGGAGUCCACCACCUUGGCAGACAAAGACGGGGAGAUCUACUGCAAAGGUUGCUAUGCCAAGAACUUCGGGCCCAAAGGCUUUGGCUUCGGGCAGGGGGCCGGCGCGCUCAUCCACUCGCAGUGAGGCACCAGGAGCCGGGCCCUGCUCGCCCUGAGCCCCUCCAGACCAGCCUGGGCUUCCCGGCCCUCCCCGCACCGCAGUGAGCACCCUCACCCUCAUCCAUCCCUGCCCGCUGCUUCGCAGCACCAGUGCCUUCCCCCUGCCCUGGCCCAGCGCCCCCUGAAGCUGUGGGACCCCCACCGCCACCCCGGGUCCCGCCGGCACGGCCGCAGCUGGGGAGACAGCUCGCACCCACCCGCAGCGAGGCCCCCGCGCCCAAAACGUUCCGCUCCGUCGCCCGUCCCGCCAGGAUGUGCCACGCUGCGCUGUGUCACCGAGCAAGGAAUAAACAUCAAAGCUGACCCAA